CACUGUGUGUUAUUGAAAUGCCGGUUGAUGUUUUGUCAACAAAAGAAGCACUCUUAAAUGUAAACUCAGAGAAUGAUUGCAGAGGAUAUGGAUUUAGAGUUUUGCUUGUAAAAAUUUUCUGUGUUCAAGUUAAAAAGAAUUAAAUAAUUGUCUUAAAUUUCCUUAUUUAGGUGUGUAAAUAUGAAAUUAAUUAAUGUAAAUCGUAUGAUUGCGAAUAUAAAAAGGCUUGCGUCAUCUGUGACUGAGAAAAAAACACGAAUAGUAAUUUUAGGAAGCGGUUGGGCUAGUUAUAGUGUUUUGAAAGAAAUUAAUAGAAAAUUAUUUGAUAUUAAAAUAGUCACUCCAAGGAAUCAUUUUCUGUUUACACCUCUGCUGUGUAGCACCACAGUUGGAACUCUUGAAUUUCGGUCUAUCACAGAACCUAUCAGAAAUAUAGGGUUAGCUAAUCCUCAAGAUUUGAUGUUAGCACAUGCAGAAGAUAUUAAUUUAGAAAAACAAACUAUCUUAUGCCAAAGUGUUCUGGAUCCAGAAUUACAAUUCAGUUUGCCAUAUGAUAAAUUAAUUAUUGGUGUUGGCUGUCUCAACAAUACUUUUGGAAUUCCAGGAGUUGAAAAAUAUGCGUUCUUUCUAAAAGAAAUAUCUGAUGCUCAAAAAAUACGUCGUAAGAUUCUUCGUAAUUGUGAAAAAGCAUUAGCACCAACUCUUUCAGAGAAGGAAAGUCAAAGGCUUUUGCACACUGUUAUUGUAGGUGGUGGACCCACAGGUAUUGAAUUUGGAGCUGAACUCUAUGAUUUUAAAAUACAGGAUGUCAAACGACUGUAUAAGCAUCAAGAAGCUCUUUUCAAAGUAACGUUAAUUGAAGCAUCAAAUAUUUUGGGGUCAUUUGACAGUAAGUUAAGAGCUUAUGCUGAAAAGAAACUGAAUGAACGAAUUAAUUUUACUCUUCUAAAGUCAUCUGUGAUUGAAGUAAAAGAAGAUUGUGUCAUUUUACAAGAUGGAACCACAAUACCAUGUGGUUUAGUUGUGUGGAGCACUGGCCUCAGCCCUCAGCCUUUCACAAAACGCCUUCUUGUGCCUAAAAACAAUAAAGGACAAAUUCUAACUGAUGGUUAUUUGAGAGUUUUGGGUGAAUUUUCAGAAAAUGUAUUUGCAAUAGGUGACUGUGCUGAUAUUCAAUCGAUGCCUUUACCAUGCACUGCUCAGGUAGCUGAACGACAAGGAAGAUAUCUGGCCCACUGUUUAAAUAAGUCAGCAAAUGGAAAUAAUAAACCCCCAUUUCAUUUCAAAUCUGCUGGUAUGCUAGCCUAUAUAGGUGGUUACAAAGCUUUAACAGAUUUACCAGAUUUUAAAGCUCAAGGAUUUUCUUCAUGGUUUCUCUGGAGAUCAGCUUAUCUAACUCGUCUUGGAUCUUGGAGAUUACGGAUGCAAGUUCCUAUUGAUUGGUUAAAAACGCUUCUCUUUGGGCGUGAUACUUCACAUUUUUAUUAACAGGCUGUAGUUGUAUAAUUUCUGUGAUAUGUUAUUGCAUGUAAGUUUUGUAUUAAUGAUAUGAAAUAAAUUAUUUUUCAAAAGUAAAA